AUGGCCUCCUCGGCCGCAAUUCGCCCCGCUAUGGGCGCCCUCGGCAGGAUAUCUUCAACGACGACGACGGCAGCCACGGCAGCAGUCACCCCCCGUCAGACACUGUCCGCUCUCCUCCCGCACCAGCAGAUUGCAUCUAUCUCCACGACGGCCGUCCUCCUCAAGCGCCACAAGUACCCCGGCGCCCGCGACAACCGGGACUACAGCAAGAAGCGCGGCGAGUCCGCCAUCCGCCGGACCGGCACACGCUGGCGUCUCUCUAUGUCCGACGAGCCCCUGCCGCGGCCUGUUUCCAAGGAAGCCCUGCCGCCGAUCGAGACGGAUCCGAACCACGGACUGUGGGAGUUCUUCUAUGACCGGAAGAAGAUCGUGCAGACGCCGGAACAGGAUGCUGCGCAUGGGCGGGCCUGGACGGUUGAGGAGUUGAGGCAUAAGAGCUGGGAGGAUUUGCACAAGCUUUGGUGGGUGUGUGUCAAGGAGAGGAAUCGCAUUGCUACGGCCAAUUGGGAGAGGAGGAAGCAGAAGUUAGGGUUUGGUGAAGCGGAGGCUGAAGCGAGGGAUCGUACGGUGCGCUCAACCAUGCGCGCUAUUAAGCACGUCCUAACGGAACGGUUCUAUUUGUGGGAGGAUGCGCGCAAGCUGGCGGAGAACGAUCCCGAGGUAGAUCUGUCUGGCAACGGCCCGGCCUUCACGCCGCGGCAAUACCUGGAAUCGGAGGAGCCGGCAGAGGGCGAGCCGCAGGCUGCGGAGGGGCAGGCUGAGAAAGCUGCUGUUGAAGCGGCAGUUGACCCGGCCAUGAUAACCACGUCAGCCUCGCAGUCGCAGCAAGCUGAGACCAGGUUAUGA